AUGGCAAUAAUAGACGACAAGUCGCAACACUGCAUCCCAUUCCUUCUGGAGCGUCUCCGCACGCAUACGGCCCGGCAUAGCGCCCGCGGUAAUGCCCCGCCCUUCUUCCUCGGCCUCAAUGGCGUGCAAGGAGCCGGCAAAACAGUGCUAGUGUCAACACUGCAAGAGACUCUCCGCUCCGAGCCGUAUUCGCUAUCUGUCGUCACAUUGUCGCUCGACGACCUCUACCUUACUCACGCUGAUCAGGUAGCGCUAGCCCAAGCACAUCCAGAUAAUCCCCUACUGCAACAUCGGGGUCAGCCUUCAACGCAUGACUUAGCGCUGGGUGAGAAGGUGUUCGCCUCGCUCGCUGCGGAGAAGCCUACUUCUAUUCCACAGUAUGACAAGUCUGCAUUUUCUGGACAAGGCGAUCGUGUUCCAGAGUCACAAUGGGAGGUGGUGAAUAAAGAAGGGCAAGAUCCUGUCAAGAUUGUCAUCUUUGAAGGAUGGUGUGUCGGAUUCCGUCCUUGGGAUGAUGAGACACUACGAGUGAAAUGGGAGGCUGCUGUACAACAGAAAGAGGCCGGGAAUUAUCAAGGUCGGCUAGGUUAUGUUAAGCUGGAAGAUGUACAAGCCGUCAAUGACGCUUUGAAACGAUACGACGCCUUGACUGAUAAAUUCGAUGCUCUGAUCCAUAUCGACGCUCAGAAUUCGCGAUUUGUCUAUGAAUGGAGGCAAGAACAGGAGCGCUCCCUGCGUGCUUCGAAGGGCACUGGCAUGACCGAAGAGCAGGUCAAUCAUUUCGUGGAUGGCUGUUAG